GGGUGGGGGCGUGGCCCUAACCCAGGCCUCUUCCACGACCCGGCUCCAGGGCUAUGGCCGGGAGUGGGCAGCUGGCUUUGCGGACGCUGUCAGGGUCAGGCUGGGUGCGGGGCUCCAGCUCUGCGUUGCUGAACCGCCUGAAGGAUGUGGCCGUGGUGCAUCCCGGCUUCCUGAGCAAGGACGAGGAGGAGACGCUGAGCCGCGAGCUGGAACCCCAGCUGCGGCGUCGCCGCUACGAAUACGAUCACUGGGAUGCGGCCAUCCACGGCUUUCGGGAGACGGAGAAGUCCCGCUGGUCAGAGGCCGGCCACACCAUCCUGCAGCGCGUGCAGGCGGCCGCCUUCCGCCCUGGCCAAACUCUGCUGUCCCCAAUCCACGUACUGGACCUGGAGCCUCGGGGCUACAUCAAGCCCCACGUGGACAGUGUCAAGUUCUGCGGAGCCACCAUCGCCGGCCUGUCCCUACUGUCACCAAGUGUCAUGCGGUUGGUGCACACCCAGGAGCCAGGGCAGUGGCUGGAACUCUUACUGGAGCCUGGCUCCCUCUAUAUCCUAAGGGACUCAGCCCGCUAUGAUUUCUCCCAUGAGAUCCUCCGAGGCGAAGAAUCCUUUUUUGGGGAGCGUCAGGUUCCCCGGGGCCGACGCAUCUCUGUGAUCUGCCGCUCUGUCCCUGAGGGGAUGGGGCCAGGACAGCUGUCCCCAGCCUGCUGACCCCCAGGCCCCUUCCCCAGCUUCUCCCAGAGACCAGAUUGGUGAAUAAAGUUGACCAGACAA